AUGACGAACUAUUCAUUGCAAUCACCCCAUGUCCUCGGCACGCUUUCACUGAUUCUCUUUAGUAGCUCCUAUUCGAACACUUAUUUUCCCGCCGACCUUUGCUACCCCAAUACUUUGCCUGACACUACCACGCAACCCUCUUACUCGACACCUACAAUACUUUCAAUUUCAUCUGUUGAGGGAUGCCAACUUCCCCAUCCAAUGUCAAACCUGAGACCCGUCACCCACUCCUCUGUCUCUCCUAACCCCGUCUUCUAUUUACCGGCGGAACUUUUGGCCGACUUGCCUGAGAAAACUUACCCCUGUCCGACCCCGAACUCGAGCACGCCAUACCAACAAUCGAUCACGUCAUCAGGCGGAAGCGACUGGUUUUCGACAUUCACGCACUUUUCCGGAAUACGGCCGCUGACAUGA